UCCUGGAGUUAGAGAGCCAAUGACAAUUGCCAAUUUGGAGAAGCGAUUGGGCAGUGGUGUAAAGAGAGCGGCCAAAACAUGGUUCAGUCCUCACAUGGCUGCGGCUUCUCGCGCUGUUGCCGAGCGCAUUCCGCUGGUGGAUAUCGUCCUCGAAGUCAGGGAUGCUAGGAUUCCAUUGUCCUCGGAGUAUGAUCAGUUGAGGAACUUCCGAUCUUCCUCCAAGCGCAUUAUAGUCUUGAACAAGAUGGACCUUGCAAAUCGCUCAGAAAUAAAGGAGUGGAUGAGAUAUUUUGAGCAACAAAACUGCAUUUCUUUUGGGGUCAAUUCCCAUAAUAAGGACAACAUCAAGGAGUGCCUGAAGUUUCUACAAGCUCAAGUCAAAGAGGUAAAGAAGAUUGAUCACUCUAGUUAUACUGCAACAAUAAUGCUUGUUGGGAUUCCUAAUGUUGGUAAAUCAGCCCUGGCCAACUCUUUGCAUCAGAUUGGGCGGAUUAGUGCUGCAGAAAAGGGAAAAUUGAAGCGUGCAACUGUGAGUCCAAUUCCAGGGGAGACAAGAGAUAUCAGUAGCUUGAAGAUUGGUAGCCACCCUAAUGUUUAUGUCUUGGACACCCCUGGUAUUUUACCCCCUGACAUUCUUGAUGUUGAGGUGUGCUCCAAACUGGCUUUAACAGGAGCUAUUAAAGACUGUUUAGUUGGGGAAAAAGAACUUGCUCAAUAUUUUCUUUCUAUCCUCAUCCGGAGUGAUGAAUACAAGAAAUGGGAAAAGUUGUCCACUGAAGAGAAUGAGAUAUCAACUAUAGACCAAAGAGUAGGCUGUUUGGGUAGCUCUGAGUUAGAUUCAAGACAAAAAAGGCAAUAUCCUACUGAUCAUACGCAGGAUUUUGUCGUGCGUGAAGUCCGUCGUGUUCUCUUCGAGACAAUUUCAUCUUUUCCCGGUAGUCUGGAAAAAGAAAAGGAUUUGUCAAGGCUUAUAGAAACACAGUUCACAGCCCUGCGGGAAGCUUUGAGGGUGGCUUCUGAAUCAGGUGAGGAUGUUGAGAAUAAAGUUGCUGCUAAGUUACUUAAUCUGUAUAGGACUGGAAGGCUUGGUCAUUGUACUUUAGACUCCGUUCCAAGGAAUAUUAUUCAAUGACUUGUUGGCAUGAAAAUGUUACAUUUUUAUUUAUUUUAUGUUGAAUAUUUUAAUCAUUAAUAUUAUUAAUAAAGAAUAAAAAA